UUUUUCUCAUGAUCUUGAGAUUUUCCAUUUUCCUCCUUUCCGUUUCUACAUGCCUAAUUUUUGCUGGACGUAUUGAUUUACAAAAUCGUGGAGGAGAUGAUUCUGAGGAAGAUGAGAUCGAUGAGCAGUUCACUGACAAAAAAUCAAAAUCCAUGUAUGAGUUUCUUUAUAAACGAUUGAAUCAAGAAGUUGUGCCGAAGAAAAGGUUAACGCCGGCAGUCUAUACAAUUCCUGGUCCACAAGAACCACUUCCUGGUAGAUCCCACUCUGGAGACUAUUGGCCAGUAUUUCCAUUUCAAAAUCAAUAUUCUGGAGGUCUUGAUUUGGAUCCUUCGAUUUCUCGUCAUAUUGGAGGAGAUUUAAAUAUUGCCGUACCAUCUUGGGGAGUUCUAGAUAUUUAUGGCCGUUUCUUUAAUAGAAUUCACGAUACAACUUCUAAAUUCGGCUAUGUAAAUCAUCCAGUGAAUAUGAUGGACUUAGAGAAGGAAGACUUUGUGACACUCAUGAGUGAUCCAGCAGUACAAGCAAAUAGAAAUGCCCAUCCAACACUUCCACUUGGAAAGUUUGCAAAAACAUAUGUUCCACUCAAUUGUAAGCCUCCAUUAUGCAAUCCAUAUCAAAUGAACUUCGGACUUGGUGUUGAGCAUGAUUGGGGAGGCUCUGAUGGAGUUGAAGGAGAUAUUGAUGUUCCAAUUCCCAUUUCUAAAGGAAUGGCUUACAGAAUGCCAUUCUCUGGAAAAGUUUACUACAAUCGUGAAAAUGUCACAGUUACAUAUGGUCAAAAUCUGGGUCCUAUCGAGCCAUAUUCCAGUUUGUUCGAUUAUCAAAAACACAGAGAUCCUGCAUUGCGUAUCCCUAGAAGGUGGACAAGAAGUGUUCAAGAACCGGUUGAAAUACAAAAGCCGAUGAUGAGAAUGAGAAAUAUGGUUGUACCAGGAAUGGCAUAUAUGCCUUAUAUGAAUUCAGUUUCUCUAUACCCAUAUAUUUCGAAAAUGCCUGAGCAAUGGCUUCAGCCUGAUCCAUAUUAUUCAACAAAGGAUAUUUACCAACAAAUAUUUUUAUCUCAACAACUGUACGGUGGUUCAGUCAAAAGACGACGGAAGUAUAGAAUUAUUCCUAAUUAUCAUUUUGUGUAUUUUUAAUGAAUUUGAAUCGACUUUCUAAUAAUUGAAACCUAAUAAAUGAACGGAUGAAC